CCGGCCGGGCCCGGAGGGGCCACCCCGUCAGUGUUCUCAUGUCGGCGUCCACCCUCCGCCUGUCGCUGCCCCCUCAGUGUCCACCCCUCUGUCAGCGUCCACGCCCCGCCCGUCGCUGCCGCCGUGAUGCUCGCCUUGUCAGCGCCCACCCUGGUCAGCGUCCCCCAGGUGAAGAGAUUAUAAGUCUACUGAAUGAAAAAAUUUUUCUUAAAGUUGCAUAUACUCCAAGAGAAAAUCCCAAAUGUUUUUAUAUUCUGCCUAAAUACAAAAUUUAAACAAGGAGUUUCCACAGAAGCUCUGUGGCCGUCACCAUGUUCUGGAAGUUUGACUUGAACACCACGUCCCACGUCGACAAGCUGCUGGAUAAGGAGGACGUGACGCUGCGAGAGUUAAUGGACGAAGAUGACAUCUUGCAGGAGUGCAAGGCCCAGAACCGGAAGCUGCUGGACUUCCUGUGCAGGCAGCAGAGCAUGGAGGAGCUGGUGAGCCUCGUCACCCAGGACCCGGCCCCGGACAUGGAAGAGAAGGUCCGCUUCAAGUACCCAAACACAGCCUGUGAGCUGCUGACGUGUGACGUGCCGCAGAUCAAUGACAGGCUGGGAGGGGACGAGACUUUGCUCAACCUUCUUUACGACUUCUUGAACCGUGAGCCGCCUCUCAAUCCUCUCCUCGCCAGUUUUUUCAGCAAGACCAUUGGCAGUCUCAUUGCAAGAAGAACUGAACAGGUGAUAGUGUUCUUGAGGAAGAAGGACAAGUUCAUCAGCCUGGUGUUGAAGCACAUCGGCACCUCGGCCCUCAUGGACCUGCUGCUGCGCCUGGUCAGCUGCGUAGAGCCCGCCGGGCUCCGGCAGGAGGUCCUGCAUUGGCUUAAUGAAGAGAAGAUCAUCCAGAGGCUCGUGGAAUUGAUCCAUCCGAGUCAGGAUGAAGAUAGGCAGUCCAACGCUUCUCAGACGCUCUGCGACAUCGUCAGGCUGGGCAGGGAGCAAGGCAGCCAGCUGCAGGAGGCUCCAGAGCCAGACCCCCUCCUCACGGUGCUGGAGUCGCAGGGCUGCGUGGAGCAGCUGCUGAGGAACAUGUUUGACGGAGCCCAGACCGAGCUCUGCCUCGUCAGCGGGACCCAGGUGUUACUGAGCUUGCUUGAGCCCAGGCGGGCAGGGAUGGAGGGCUUGCUGGACUCCUGCCCUCAGGGACUGGACAGGCUGUGUGCCGUCAGCUCCGGCGUCCUGCGUGGCAUCGAGCCACGGCUGAAGGACUUCCACCAGCUUCUGCUCAGCCCGCCGAAGAAAGCAGCGAUCCUGACCACCAUUGGCGUGCUGGAGGAGCCCCUGGGUAACGCCCGCCUGCACGGAGCUCGCCUCGUGGCUGCCCUGUUGCACACGCACACGCCCAGCAUCAACCAGGAGCUCUGCCGGCUCAACACCAUGGGCUUGCUGCUGGACCUGUUUGUUAAGUACGCCUGGAAUAACUUCCUGCACUUGCAAGUGGAGCUGUGCAUAGCCGCCAUCCUGUCCCACGCUGCCCGGGAGGACAGGGCCAUGGCCAGUGGACCUGAGGGCGGGGUGGAGCCUCUGCCCUCCAGCGGGGACCCAGAGACCCCCCAGUCUGCCGCCAGCCGCCCUGAGAGCACGAUGGUGACCCACCUGUUCCAGAACUGUUGCCUGGUCCAGAGGAUCCUGGAGGCCUGGGAAGCCAAUGACCACACACAGGCAGCGGGUGGCAUGAGGCGCGGGAACAUGGGCCAUCUCACGCGGAUCGCCAACGCAGUGGUGCAGAGCCUGGAGGGGGGCCCCGUGCAGACCCAGGUCAGCGAGGUCCUCCGAGGGCUCCCCUCGGACUGCCGCGGGCGCUGGGAGAGCUUUGUGGAGGAGACGCUGAUGGAGGCCAACCGCAGGAACGCGGUGGACCUGGUUAGCACCCACCAUCUUCACCCCUCGAGUGAAGACGAGGACAUGGAGGGCGUUUUCCCUAAUGAGCUGUCCCUUCAGCAGGCUUUCUCCGAGUACCAGGUCCAGCAGAUGACGGCCACCUUCGUGGACCAGUUUGGCUUCAGUGACGAGGAGUUUGCUGAGCAGGACGACAGCGUCAACGCCCCAUUUGACAGGAUCGCGGAGAUCAACUUCAGCGUCGACGCUGACGAGGACAGCCCCGGUGCCACUCUGUUUGAGGCCUGCUGCAGUGACCACAUCCAGCCCUUCGAUGAGGACGACGACCUCUGGGAGGACGAGGAGACACACUGUGUGGCCCGAGUGACCAGAGCCAGGUGGGCCAGGUUCGGGGGCCCUCACGCUUCGGAGAGCUGCCAGAAGGACGGCCAGGAGCGCCGAGGUCAAGGUGGGGAGGAGAGCUCGGAAGCAGACGGGGACGGGGCUCGGGCGGGCACCCUUCGGGCUGCCGUCCAGAAGGAAGGUCCUCGUGUUGAGGGUGGCUCAGAAGCAGGCGCCCCGUGGACGGUGUCUGAUGAGCCGGUGAAUUCCACGGCCUCGGGCCUGGCCCCGGCAGUGGCGAUGGAUGUGGGUUCCAGUGUGUGGGCGGCCAGCGCGCCCAGCGCCUCGGCUGCAGAGGAGAGAGGCUGGGCCAAGUUCGCUGACUUCCAGCCUUUCUGCUGCUCUGAGUCGGGGCCCAGGUGCAGCUCCCCCGUGGACAGAGGUCAUGGCGAUGCCCAGGGUGGCCUGAACCGGGGCCCAGAGAGAACCCCUGGCCCGGCCGCUCCGGGUGCCUGGAACGCAUGUGUUGCCAGGAAGGCGCCCCUGGUGGCCUCCAGCGGCCGUGAGGACAAGCAGAAGGUGGCUGUCGCCUCGGAGGCUGUUAGGAUGGGCCCCGGUCGGGAGGCACCCCCACCGCCCGUGUUCAUCCCCAGGGCUGAGUGCGCCACCAGCACACCUCCAGACCUGGCCUCCCUUGCGCCUGUGGAAGUGACCUCUGCCCCAGUCGGGGCCGUCCUCCCCGAGGCUGCCGUGACGGCCACCACAGUACCAGGCAACGCCGGCCCCGCCCCGGCCACCCCAGCAGUCUCUCCUGUGCUGGCCGCGGCCGUCACCCCUGCAGCCCCAGCUGGCCCAGCUGUCUCCACAGCGGCCACCCUGGGGAUGGUGACAAAGGACAGGCAGACUGACGGGCCACCGCCCGCGGGAGCCGCCUUAAAUGGCCUCGUGUGAUGCUGCCGCCGCCCAGCCUUGGCGCCCCAACCAAGAAAACUACCUGGUGACACAGUUUGUCUUUUUUAAUUUAAUUUAAUUUAAUUUUAAAAUAAAUGCUGCAUUGGUAAAGCUGGCAGUUGGAACCAGUCAGACGGCCCAGCCUGCAUUUCUCCUGCCUGACUCCGGGUGGGCCUUGAGGGUCCAGCCCCACGCACAGCAAUAAGGCCUCAGACAGGGGCUCUGCCUGCGCCACAGGCUCUGAGCCUGUUUUUAUCCAUUUUUUAACAAACGCGGAUAGAGCCACGUGUUUGCACUUUUUAAUCUAGCGCAGGAGAGGGUCUCCUAGACUCUGGGGACAAAUGUGGGUCUGGAGCUGGGCUGGCCAGACGGGGUUUUAGCUGCCCGGUGGCCCUGGGAGCUGGCCUUGAGCCAGGCUGCAAACUUGACUGCCUUAAAAAAAAACAAGCCCCCCACAGCCUGGCAAGCUGUCCGCAGUGGGCAGUGGGGGGCGCCUGGCAGGAGCUGGCCACGGGCGUGCAGGACGGGGUGCGGAGGGCCCAGCAGUGCCCGGGCGUUGGGGGCUACCCUGCACCUGCCGGGAAGGGCGGGGUAUCUCAUGUUACUGUUCUGAUGACCUGACAGGGCACCCAGACCCCACGACUCCCAAUAAAAGUUGUUAUUCUCACUGACAGACCCGCGUAUUGUUACGCUGCGGGCCCUGGAUCCCCAACCUGGCUGGCAGCGGGG